ACAUGGGGGAGUCCGGGUGGGGGGAGCGAGCGGCGCCGGGGGCGGGAGCGGCCCGGAGGCAGGGGCAAGGACUGCGGGCCGCGCCCGGGAGAUGCCACCGAGCCCCGCAGCCCUGCGGGCGGCGGCGGGGAGCGAGAGAGCGCGAAGGAGGGAGCGAGCCGCGAAGACCAGCUGCUCGGAGCUCAAAUCACCGCUCCCCCCACCCCACCCCCCCAAACCCAGCCGGUCCCACCCCGAGCGCGGCUGAGGAAUCUGGCGCCGGCUCCUACAACAAUAGUGCCCGCCCACCUGACCCCCUCCCCAGGAGAAGGCGGGGGCGGCGGCCACCGGGGAACCCGGGCCAGGCCGGGAGAGGGGCACGGACCCGUGCUGGGUGGAAGGGGCCUGGAGAGGUGUCAAAGAGUAAGACCCUCGAGGUGCUCUUCUCCUGGAAGAUGGCUCUAAUGAAGAAAGCAGUGGCGGAGGCAGCUGUUUCUCUUCCCAUCCACUCUCCUGGCCUCUCCUUUUGGGACUCUCCACCCACAGAAGGUCCUGGGGCUGUAGGUAACAGCGGAUCUGCCAUCGGCAGCACUCCUUCCUCACACUCCUUGUAAUCUCCUGUGACAAGGUUGUCUAAGUCUGCCCCUGAGGCAUGUGUUGCCAUGCCAACCAUCCCCAGGAGAUGGGUUCAAGUUCCUCAUACCUGGGCACAUCCCCUGGGUCCUGCAGAAGCUUCAGAGCUUCCUUCCUUCUUCUCAUAUCUCUGGGUUGCUACCCAAUGCCCCUUUCAUUUCUCGUCUCACCCACACCUGCCUACUCCAGUUCUAAUGCCAACUUGGUGACUUCUUGUCCUGUGACAGGACAUGGCUUGUCAGUAUCCAUUAGCCCUAACCUCUUUUCUUUUUCAUGGCUGGGCAUAAAGGGAGAGAGCUGAGGGCAAUAAAGGAUCAGGGGA